CCAUGAGUAGGCACGCGUGGUUCCCCUUGCAGUACAUCUCCAAGCCCUUCUGGAGAGCGGAGAAUCACAACACGACCAACUUCCUCUCUGCACUGUACGGCUUCCCUAACCGAUCCUUCUUCCACAGCGACCUGGACCUGGAGGACCUGGGGGACUUUGACAGUGGGACCAAGUAUGAGGGUGAGUCCCAGAGCCAGACGGUGAAGGCGCUGCUGAUAGUCGCCUACUCCGUCAUCAUCUGCAUCUCGCUCUUUGGUAACAUCCUGGUGUGCCAUGUGGUGGUCAAGAACAAGAGGAUCCCCUCGGCCCCCAGCCUCUUCAUUGUCAACCUGGCUGUCGCCGACGUGAUGAUCACCACCCUGAACACGCCCUUCACACUGGUGCGGUUUGUAAGCAGUACCUGGGUUUUUGGAAAGCUGAUGUGUCACAUAAGCCGGUUUGUUCAGUACUGCUCCGUUCACGUGUCUGUGCUGACCCUUGCUGCCAUCGCUCUGGAUCGACAUCAGGUCAUCAUGCACCCUCUCAAGCCGCGCAUGUCCAUGGUGAAAGGAGGGAUUUGCAUCAUUAUCAUAUGGGUUAUGGCCAGCUGCUUCUCACUGCCUCAUGCCAUUUAUCAGACUUUGACAAGAUUUUAUAUCGGGAACAGAACCAUACGAAUGGUCUGCCUCCCCAGCUUCCCUCCUCCUGCUGAUCUUUUCUGGAAGUAUUUGGACUUGACUACUUUUGUUCUCUUGUAUGUCCUGCCCUUACUUGUGAUCUCCAUCACAUAUACCAUGGUGGCCAAGAAGCUCUGGCUGAGAAAUGCCAUUGGGGACCUCACCAUGGAGCAAUACUAUGCCCAUCAACGGAAAAAGAAGAUGACGCUGAAGAUGCUGAUGGUGGUGGUGGUUGUGUUUGCAGUAUGCUGGUUCCCCCUGAACUGCUACGUGGUGUUGAUCUCCUGUAGGGCCAUCCACAGUAGCAACGCUCUGUACUUUGCUUUUCACUGGUUUGCCAUGAGCAGCACUUGCUACAACCCCUUCAUUUACUGUUGGCUGAACGAGAGCUUCAGGUCUGAGUUGAAGUCCUUGCUGUGUGUGUGUCGGCGAAGGAGUGCCACCCAGAGCCAUGCUCUGCAGUCCAUCUCCCUGCCUUUCAGGCAUGCCUGGGUUGAGAACUGCCAUUAUAAAGGAGGCAGCGCAUGCCAGAAGACAAGGGCAUCCUCCCAGAGGAACUCUGCAAAGACAGACAUAUCCAGUGUUCAGCCAAUUGUGGCAGAAAGCUAAACCCUCAAUUGGAUGGCCAGGAGCAU